GAUCCUGUUCUUGUGGAGAAGAAAAUCAAUAUAUACAAUAUAUAUAUAUGUGAUGGAAGAUUCGAGCCGACAAGUUGAUUCAGGAUUCCUGGCGAUAGAUUCGGAGUGGUGAAGAAGGGAUCAAUUCUGGAAGAGGAUUAGUUGAGAGGAGAAUCGUUCACUCCCAAAUUCUUCAUUAUCCUGAGAUGAUUGAUGCAAUGGAGAUUAGGGAAUGAGAAUGUGUUGGAUUGGAGAUGCUUUUCUGUGAUCAAGUUGAAUUUUGAAAAUGGUGGUUUGAUUCUGCGCGCCGGUAGUUCUGAAGUCCCUAAUUCGAUACAUACAGAUGUAUGUAUAGGUAGAGAGAGAGAGAGAGAGGGAAACCAUUAGUGCACGCGGUGAAAUUCAGAGCGGUGCAUUUUGGCGAGGAAGAUCUGCCGAUCCUAUUUCGGUGGAAUUGACAGAGAAGACGGAAUUUAACAAAUUGAGGAGAAGCGAUUUCGCAAUUUAGGGAAUCGCCGGACUGGAUUUUGUGCGCGAAUUGCGACAGUGCGAACGCACAUGCAUAUAUACAUAUAUUGAGCACAAUCGAACGGUGCGGAUAGGGGUUAGGAUGAGAGGCGAAGCUGCGUGCGGCGACGAGGAAAGUUGGGACGCGGUGGAGGGAGGGAAACCGGCGGCGACGGCGGUCGGAGGGUUUGCGUCGCCGAAGAAAAUGGUGGUCGUCGGUUACGCUCUUACUUCGAAGAAGGUGAAGAGCUUUUUGCAGCCGAAGUUCGAACGCUUGGCUAGGAACAAGGGGAUAAUGUUUGUAGCUAUUGAUCCGAUUAGGCCCCUCUCGGAUCAAGGUCCUUUUGACAUUGUGUUGCACAAGCUAUCAGGAAAGGAUUGGCGCCGAGUUCUUGAGGAUUACCGGAGCACGCACCCUGAAGUCACUGUUCUUGAUCCUCCUGAUGCCAUACAGCAAGUUCGCAAUCGACAGUCCAUGCUUCGUGACGUUGCUGACCUUAAUCUGUCAUGCCCGCAUGGAAAAGUAGAUGUCCCUAAACAGCUUGUUAUCGAAAAGGACCCAUCCACUAUUCCCGAUGCUGUCAAUAAGGCUGGCUUGAGGCUACCGAUAGUGGCGAAACCUUUGGUUGCGAAGUCCCACGAGCUAUCUCUCGCCUACGACAAGAUCUCCCUCCAGAAGCUCGAACCGCCGCUUGUUUUGCAGGAAUUCAUCAACCAUGGAGGUGUGCUCUUCAAAGUAUACAUUGUAGGGGAGGCAAUAAAGGUCGUGAGACGAUUUUCCUUGCCCGAUGUCAGCAAGCGCGAACUUUCGAAGAAUGCUGGCGUUUAUCGCUUCCCAAGAGUAUCUUGUGCUGCUGCUUCGGCUGACGAUGCGGACUUGGAUCCUCAUGUCGCCGAGCUUCCUCCAAGACCAUUGCUCGAGAAACUUGCUCGGGAACUUAGGCGACGAUUGGGUCUUCGGCUAUUCAACUUGGACAUACUUCGCGAGCAUGGGACACAAGACCAAUAUUAUGUGAUCGAUAUCAACUACUUUCCAGGCUAUGGUAAAUUGCCGGAAUACGAGCAUAUAUUCACAGAUUUCCUUCUGAGCCUGGUGCACCAAAAAUAGAAUAAGCGAGCGAAUGGCUGGCAACGGAAACCAUAACAGGCUGCAAGUGUCGAUGGCGUUCGGAGCAGCGCGACAGAACGUUGUAAGUGCUAUCCGAUUCGAUUCAGUUCGAUUCCGCUUUUCGGCAUAGAGAGUGAGUGUUAAGGGUGGGUUUAGUUUGUGUAGGCAAUAAAAAGUUUUUGUCUAGGGAGAAAAGUAUAAAAUUCUACCUGUAAAUACUUCCUACUUGUCUUUCAAGUUCGCCAUUUUCAUUUCAUUU